GACAUGAAAGAUUGCGGGCGAURGGCUUUCCUUCAAGUAAUGCCUUUAAUUAACUUGUCUGUUUUGAACAGCAGCCAAACUGAUGAGGAUGUGAUUGUCCCACCUGGUGUCUCAACACCCCCCCACUACCACCACUCAAGCUCCUCCACACACGCACAAACACACAGAGAGACGCGCGCACGCACAGCCGGGAUGAGCUGAACUCAUGCAACGCCAGGCAACAUCCGAGAGUUAAAAGAAAGAGCAGCAGGGGGAGAGAGAGGGUUUGUUUUUUUUUUUUAAAGAGCGGCAGGAGGAGUGGGACUUGCUUUAAGGACACCCUGAAGUCCACCAGCUCCUGGUUUUUAACACAUCUGAACGCACGAGACUGGAAGAAGCGAAGAGAAGCGGAGGAGCCUCAGAUCAUCUCCCAUCCUCACACCCUUUUUCACUUAUUUUCAGCAGGAGACACUUUAGGACCCCCACCGGACCCAUGAUGAGGGCUGUGGAUGUGCUUCUUCUCGCCGCCUCCGUGUGGCUCCGGAGCGCGCUCGGCGGCUACGGGGUGAGUCUGUUCGCGGCGCAGACCUCCCCUCCGGACCCCUGCUACGAUGAGCCCGGCACCCCGCGCCGCUGCAUCCCGGACUUCGUGAACGCCGCCUUCGGGAAGGAGGUGAGGGCGUCCAGCACGUGCGGCCACAAAACCCCGAGCCGCUUCUGCGUCCUGAGCUCCGCGGACAAGGGCGCCGAGCGCACCAGGACCUGUCACACCUGCGACGCGUCCGACCCCAGGAAGUACCACCCGCCCGCCUACCUGACGGACCUGAACAACCCGCACAAUCUGACCUGCUGGCAGUCCGAGAACUUCGUCCAGUUCCCGCAGAACGUCACGCUGACCCUGUCCCUGGGCAAGAAGUUCGAGGUGACCUACGUGAGCCUGCAGUUCUGCUCCCCGAGACCCGAGUCCAUGGUCAUCUACAAGUCCAUGGACUACGGGAAGACCUGGGUGCCCUUCCAGUUCUACUCGACCCAGUGCAGGAAGAUGUACAACAAACCGAACCGGGCCGUGAUCACGAAGCAGAACGAGCAGGAGGCCGUGUGCACGGACUCCCACACCGACAUGCACCCGCUGAGCGGCGGYCUCAUCGCCUUCAGCACGCUGGACGGCCGACCGUCCGCGCACGACUUCGACAACUCGCCGGUGCUGCAGGACUGGGUCACCGCCACCGACAUCAAGGUGGUCUUCGGCCGCCUGCACACGUUCGGCGACGAGAACGAGGACGACUCGGAGCCGGCGCGGGACUCCUACUUCUACUCCGUGUCGGACCUGCAGGUCGGCGGGAGGUGCAAGUGCAACGGGCACGCGAGCCGCUGCGUGAAGGACCGCGAGGGCAGCCUGGUGUGCGACUGUAAACACAACACGGCGGGGCCCGAGUGCGACAGGUGCAAGCCCUUCCACUACGACCGGCCGUGGCAGAGAGCCACGGCYCGCGAGGCCAACGAGUGCGUGGCCUGCAACUGCAACCUCCAUGCCCGGCGGUGCCGUUUCAACAUGGAGCUGUACAAACUGUCGGGGAGGAAGAGUGGGGGAGUCUGCCUCAACUGUCGGCACAACACGGCCGGUCGGCACUGCCAUUACUGCAAGGAGGGCUUCUACCGAGACCUGUCCAAACCCAUCUCCCACAGGAAGGCCUGCAAAGCAUGUGAUUGCCAUCCCGUGGGGGCCGCUGGCAAAACCUGUAACCAAACCACAGGACAAUGUCCCUGUAAAGACGGCGUGGCUGGUGUCAUGUGCAACCGCUGUGCUAAAGGCUACCAGCAGAGCCGCUCGCCCAUUGCCCCCUGCAUAAAAGAGAUUCCAGUUUCUCCUCCUACGACUCCCUCCAGCAUCACAGAGGAGCCAUCCGACUGUGAUUCUUACUGCAAGGCCUCAAAAGGCAAACUGAAAAUCAACAUGAAGAAAUACUGCAAGAAGGAUUACGCGGUCCAAGUCCACAUCCUGAAGGCAGACAAGACGGGAGAAUGGUGGAAAUUCACCGUCAACAUCAUCUCCGUGUACAAGCAGGGCGAGAGCCGGAUCCGCCGUGGGGACCAGUUCUUGUGGGUCCGCUCCAAAGACGUCGCCUGCAAGUGUCCCAAGAUCAAGCCCGGGAAGAAGUACUUGUUGCUGGGGAACGACGAGGUCUCCCCCGGUCAGGGCGGCGUGGUGGCCGACAAGGGCAGCCUGGUCAUCCAGUGGAGGGACACGUGGGCGCGCAGGCUCAGGAAGUUCCAGCAGCGGGAGAAGAAAGGAAAGUGCAAGAAGCCCUAGGUGGGGAGGAGAGGAGGAGGAGGGCACGCCGACGAGAGGAGGAAGAAUUUGAGAGCAAACCUGAGCAGAGGAUUGUUGGAGAUAAAACAGAGAGACAGAGGACCGCGGAGAGAAAGGACACUGUUUAUGUUGCUGCUUUUUGUCUAGAAGCAUGAAGAGAAAUAUUUAGAAUGAUUUGUAUUUUCUAGUGAACUUUCGUUGAAGGAGCUCACCUUGCAGAUUUGGUUUUAUGGUUUAUUUUAUUUCGAGAGUCUUCUCUCUUGUGGAUUUGCCGAAUUUGCACCUAUUACCAGUAUAUUAUAACUUUUUUUAUUUUAUUUUAUUUCAGUACGAAACCUUAUAUUGUAUGCUCUAAUUUUAUGGACAUUCUAAGCUGGUGCAAAAAUGACAAAAAAACACUUAAUUACAAGAUUGCCUCUGCAUGGUUUUUCUCUCUUCUUUUUUUUUUUUUUUUUACUAAGAAGCUAAUCUGUUUGAACGUUGUCACUUAACUGAGAUCGUUGCUAGAAGAGCUGCUGUUGUUCAGCCACACAGAGGCAGACUUUUAGCCAUCAGUGAGUUGUUCUAACCUGUGUUUGGAAACAUUUGCAGUUUCCAUCGUUCUACAUAUCCAUCAGUCAGGGYUYUCUCAUAUUUAGCUGGUGUUGGUGGCAGAAGACAAAAAUAUAUAACGUUUGAGCACAUCUUUAAGACCCCUUUCACACUGGAUGACAGUGACACUGUCCACAACCUACAUGGCCCAUGUCAGUGUGAAAGCAAUCAUGAUGCUGUUACGCACUUCCUAACAGGCUUUUCUUGCUAUUUUUUUGUCCUCAAGACACUCUCCUUGGUCCUCACCAUGCUCCAUACGACCGCCCCGGUGCAACUCUCUCUUUGUGCUAUAAAAUUCUGACACACCACCACUGGUUUCAUGGUUGUUUGAUGCCAUGACGCCAGAGGUCUAAGUCCAGCUGUAGAUUCUCCACAACUAUAGAAUAAACCACCACUGCUGCUGCCAUAGACAUGUAUUAAACUAGACACAGGAACAUAAACAGGAAGUUAAAGCCAAAACCAGGCUGGCUGCAGCAUAAAUCUUAAGUCGAUAAAAGCAAAUAGGUUUAUUCUUGACUAAAAAAAUACACCACAUAGUAUAUAUUCAUUUCCAGGUGCCGACUUGUGUUCAUUCACAUGUUUCUUACCGUUCUGCUAUAUUCUUUAUUUUAAUAUAUUUAGUAAUGAUUAGUUAUUUGCUUUUAAAAAGCAUAAUAACUGUGUGUUUGAGUAGGAUGGACCCAAGAGCUCAAAUAGUGUCUCUGAAAUGACAACAUGGCAGCUCCAGUAGGAGACUCUUCCAGAUUAAAACUCCGACACUCUGUCUCCACAUCCUGACUACAGAACCAUCAUGAAACUGCCACGCUCUGCUGCGUGGAAGGAGGAGCCCACCGAGUUCUUAAUACACACCUCAAGACCUCCCCAAGAACCUCCAAAGAACAUCCAUGUUCUGGUUAAUCUUUCAUGUCGUAGCUGGGGGGUUAUUAUCCAGUGUGAAGGGGGUCUAAACACCCUCUCUCUCCAGCAAUAACAGGUGGUGGUUCAGUGUUUGCAUAGAAGUGCACAUGAAUGCUCGUCAGUUCAAUUCUGUAUGUUUGCUGCUUAAAAUACUUUGGGGUGCAUUUCAAAUCACUGUUUUUUUUUCGGUAUUUAUUCAUGUGUUUUGUUUAUUCUGUCUUUCCUUCAGAAAGAAACAAAAAAUAUAUAUAUUUGACCAAUUAACAUGUGGUCAAUGUUUAGAAAACUUAAGUUGGAUAAGUUCAGAUGACCUUUAUACAAUGACAUUUGGGCUCCGACUGCAAAACAUGACAACUCAGACGUUAUACUUCUGCUGCAAUUCUUGUUUUUUUUUUUAUCACAAAAGCUUGUAUAUAUCCCUUACAGUUCUUGUGAGAAAUGAAUGCAACUUUUAACUUGUGUAAGUGAAAGUACUGCACUGCUUCAGCACAACGUGCAACAAACAGGARAAGUGCAAAGAUCUGUUGAAUUAAMUAUAAAAUUGUUGACACCAGCUUUUAGCAGAAUGUCAUUUAAAGAGGUAUUAUCGAAAGUUUCUAAUAAAAUCUACCAAAUAAGAGYUUUUGGUUAACUAAAUUACAGUUUAGUUUACAGAUAAAUACCUUCAGAGUCCACACAGAAUGCAUGAAUUCACUGCUACUGUCAUCUUAGUUCUCCUUUUUAACAUUUCAACAGAGGGAAAUGUGGCCACAUCACAACCCAGUUCUGUAAAAAAGACCAAAGCUGGAUCAGAUUUAUUAAGACUUUAAAUUAUUUCAGCCAUUUUAAAGUGUGGUCUUUGGAAAUGGUAUAUUUAUGAUCUUACCUGUUGUAGAUAGCUCUUAUUUCUGACUGGACUGAUGAGCAAACUGACCUGUAUAUCACCAACCUUUAUCCCAUGUUAAUAACUAAUGUAGAAUUAACAGUGAUGUAAAAAUCUUUGCAGUAACAUUUAGAUAAGAUGUAACAAAUCUAGAGUUGGAGCUGAUUAAAGAUGGUAACAACCCACAGACUAACUAGUUUACCAAUCUGGUUGGAAUUAAAGUCUGUUUCUCCAAACAAAAGUAAUCCAAAGAGCUAUCUACAGCAGGUAAGAUAUUGUUUAGAAGACAAAACAUCCCUUCAAAUUGUCCAAAUCACUUCUCUCUCWCWCACACACACAGAUGAGUUAUAGAUAAUAAAUAAUAAUCUGCUGAAGCUGAAUUAUUUUUACAUUUAAGGUUUGAUCAUCCCGACAUGAUGGCAACAAACCAUCCAUGAACUGUUYCUGCCCUUCAUUGUUCUACCUGUAACACAGGGUCAAAGGUCAAUAUUUUGUAUUUUCUUCUCACUGACCUGUAACCACAGCUCUGUCGUCCCUGCACACCUUGUGUUGUCAGUUUUCCACCUGCUCCAGAUGAAACCCCAUCAACCUAUGUCAAAGCAUUGCUUUGUGUUCAUACUAUGAAUUGUAAAUGCCGUCACCAUUGCAAAGACUUUUAGCAAUGUUAUUUUACAAUACUUACUAAUAUAUUAUGGUUAUAUAUGAAUAUAUUUAAUGACACGGGACAUUGUGGAUUUUAUUGUCUUUCCAAGGUUAUUUUUUUUAUUUGUUUGGUUUUUUACUUGUUUGUGGUUGUUUAGAUCAUUGACAUUAAAGAAGGAAAUAACUACUGAACACACCAGCUUGGUAGAACUAAAUCCAGAUUUUCAAUUGAAAUAAACUCUUCGUAAAUUGACAAA